CAAAGGUGAUGUGGGGUUGGCAGAAGCUCAUUAUCAAAUCGCAUCAAAAGUACGCCCCAAUAUGACAUCUACCCAGCCCUGGACCAAUACGCAGCUACCCAUCCUUGGCCUCGCCACCAACGACAGCUCCACAUGCCAAGCCUGCCUGUGUCCGAUCAAGGCAGGCUCGAUUCGAGUGGGGAUCAUCUUCCAACACUUGAGCGGAUUCAUCGGCUUGGACUGGCAUCACUUGACGUGCUGUGAAACUCCUCAGUUGUUGCGCCACGUCGACGGAUACGAACUACUCGGCGACGACUCGAAGGCCACCCUCAACGAUUUCAUCGCGAUCUCAGAGCAAACGCAAUGCGCAUGAACGUCGCGAUUGUCCUCUCUCCCUCAAGUGACAUUCCCUUCCCCGUCCGAGUCCAGCGACUGUUCAGCUGUGCCAACAACUUGCUCCAUCCACAGGCAAGUGUCGUGGCCGACCAAUCGCCGUCGCCAGAUGCACAAAAGUACAGUACACUGCAAAUGCACGCAUACAAGCCGUGCAAAACUCACAAAGGCGGCGGCGACGCUGCCAUAACGUUAGCUACCAUGUUAGCGC